AGCCAUGUUUUUUUAGCCGGCAGAACAAAACUCUCUCCACGCCAUAAUAGCGCCGUCGUCAAAGCAAAAAAAUGUCCCUCCGUUGUGGACCUGAAGCGUCCCUGCUCUUCUCAUUCUUUCAUCCUGGUUCACCUAAUAGAUAUCUUUGAAAUUAAUGUUCUCUACUCCUCCACACCCUUUCGCUGUCUUCUCUCUCUUCCAUCUCCGUUUUUCUCUGUUAUUCUAAUUCAUCCCCUUCAAUGCUCGCUCUUUCAAUUUAAGACCCACUACUCUAUCUUUAAUUGGUGUAAGUUCUAUAUAAUGUCUUCUCCUCCAAUUUGAUAAUAUAAUAUCCGUCCCCAUCUCCAUCUCCAUUCUCCAGGUAAAAUUCGCAGGAGCCACCCCUCUGAUUCUUCUUCAUUCAUCAGUUUCCAAAUUUUUAAUUCAUCUUCUGGGUUUGUGGGAAUGAAUAAUCGCAGCUUGGUGUCCCUAUUUAGCUUCUUGCUUUUACAGUAUUGGUAGUAGUAGUUAGGACUUAGGAGGAGGUCUUCAUCGAUAUGGAACCUUGUGAUUCUGCAAUUCUCGAUUCCGAUGGCGGAGCAACGACUCCAUCAAAAGAUUCACAAAGCAAGAACACACCCGUCCAACAGGAUUCGAUAUCACUUGGGGUAAAGAAACCUCCAACGAACUCUCCUGUGAAUCCAUUAUCUCCGGUCACUAAUACUGCAAGCGGGCGACUCGUAUAUGUCCGCAGAAGAGUCGAGGUUGACACUUCCAAAGCUGCUGCUGCUAGGAAAACUCCGCCUAAGGAACCACCAACCGUGGCUGUAGCUGUGGCUGUGGUUAGCUCUUCCCCACAGGGACCGUCCAGCCAUAGGUUAGACAGGGAAGAGCGUUACGAUCAUCUUCAAACGCUUCUUAAUAAGCUUAAUGAAUCUGAUCGCAACGAUCAUGUACAGAUGCUUUGGUCACUUCCCUCCUCUGAGCUUAGCAAGCAUGCUUUUGAGUUGGAAAAAAGGUCUAUUCAAUUCUCUCUUGAGGAAGCGAGAGAGAUGCAGCGUGUAGCGGCUUUAAACGUGUUAGGACGGUCUGUGAACGGUCUUAAAACUUCAUCAAAUGACAGAGAACAGUAAAGGACAAAGGAAAAUAGGAAACAAGGCAAGUGCGCACUGAUGUGGAUGAACACAAAAUCGAAGAAAGGGCAAUUAAUAAUGAGGGCGAGGGCGAAGAGGCAUUGCUACAGUAGUUGUGAUACCAUGUAAGAGUAGAUUUUGUCGGGUGAGUCUAUCUUUUAAUUUGUCCCCUCCGUAAGAGGAAUUCAUUAUUUGGAUUCUAGAAUGUACAACAAAAAAUCAUGUAUGCGUAAUAAAAAUACCAUGUAAGAGAAGAGAUGAUCUAAGGCUCUAAGCCCACGAGUUAGGGGGGAUUCAAUAUUCCUCCAAAACUCCUGAGACAAAUGUGGCACGUCACUUGGUAUUAUUAUAAGAAGAUCUCAUUGUAAUUGUA